AUGAGGGACCGGAGCAGCCGCCCCGUCGUGGAGAAAAUUAAACCCGGUGCAUCUCCGCGGCCGCGGCUGCCCCCGAGCAGCCACCCCUACCUGCGGCCGCUGCUGCGCUUCGCGGCCGCGCACGUCCCGCCGCGCAAGCACAAGGAGACGCCGCUGUACAUCCUGUGCACGGCGGGCAUGCGGCUGCUGCCCGAGCGGCAGCAAGCUGCAAUCCUGGAAGACUUGGUGACAAAUGUGCCCCUGGAGUUUGAUUUCCUCUUCUCCAAAUCACACGCAGAAGUAAUCUCAGGGAAGCAGGAAGGUGUCUAUGCGUGGAUUGGCAUCAACUUUGUCCUGGGAUGGUUUGAUCAUGAGGAUGAGGAGGAUGCAGUGGUCACCGUAGCACUCGGGGAUCAGGGGAAGUCCCUGGUUCGGAAACGAACAGUUGGGAUCCUUGACAUGGGAGGCGCCUCCCUGCAGAUUGCCUACGAAGUGCCUGACACCGGAGCCAUCUCCUCCCCACAGCAGGACGAGGCUGCCAAGAGCUUGCUGGCAGAAUUCAACCUGGGCUGUGACGUGCAGCACACUGGCCACAUGUACCGUGUCUACGUCAACACUUUCCUGGGCUUCGGGGGCAAUUUUUCCCGGCAGCGCUAUGAGGAACAUGUGCUGAACCAAACCUAUGUGCACAACCGAGCACUACAUGAAGCUGUCGCCACAGUUGGAGGCUUGGUGCCCAGCCUGCACAACCAGCAGACAGGGCUGAGCCCUAAGAUGCCCUUCUUGGACCCCUGCCUGCCUGUGGGGCUGGAGGACACAGUGGUGAGGGGUGGCCAAACCCUGCACAUGAGGGGACGAGGGGACUGGCAGGCCUGUAUAAAGCUGCUGCAGCCCCUCCUGGCAGGGUCCAAUGGCAGCCAUGCCUCCCUGGUGGAGACCUACAAAGCACCCAUGGACUUCAGCAACAGCGAGUUUUACGGCUUCUCGGAGUUCUUCUACUGCACUGAGGACGUGCUGCGCCUGGGGGGCCAAUACAGUGCCCCCACCUUCACCUCUGCUGCCCAGGAGUACUGCAGCCAGCGGUGGGAGGUGCUGGCUCAGCGUUUCCGCGGCGGCCUCUACUCGGCGCAUGCUGACCAGCACCGGCUGAAGUAA